GCUAUUUAUUAAGAUUUCAGGGUAUACAUAUCGAAAUCAAAGAGCAUUUGUGUUCUAGGGUUUUUGGCACAAAAGGGAUCAAAAUUCAACCGCAGCAACCACCGAAGCAACCGCAACCAUGGUUCUCAAGACCGAACUGUGCCGUUUCAGUGGGGCGAAGAUCUACCCUGGGAGAGGAAUCCGAUUUAUUCGUGGUGAUUCUCAGGUGUUCCUGUUUGUCAAUUCGAAAUGCAAACAUUAUUUCCACAACAAGUUGAAGCCUUCCAAGCUCACAUGGACUGCCAUGUACAGGAAGCAACAUAAGAAGGAUGCUGCCCAAGAAACUGUGAAAAAGAGGCGUAGAGCUACCAAAAAGCCAUACUCUAGGUCUAUUGUUGGUGCUACUUUGGAAGUUAUUCAGAAGAAAAGAUCAGAGAAGCCAGAGGUUCGAGAUGCUGCCAGAGAAGCUGCUCUUCGUGAAAUUAAAGAGAGGGUCAAGAAAUCAAAGGAUGAGAAGAAGGCUAAGAAGGCAGAAGUUCAGGCCAAAGCACAAAAGUCUGGAAAAGCCAAUGUUUCCAAGGGUGCUGCAUCCAAAGGUCCUAAGCUUGGUGGUGGAGGUGGAAAGCGCUGAAACCUUUAGUGUUGUUCCAUUUUUGGUUUGCACUUGAAUAGAACUGUUUUCAAACUUUUGCAUUGAUAUUUUAGUUGCUUUAUCAAUCCUUUGUAUGUUAUGGUCCUAUCAUACUUUUGUUGGAAGCUGACCUAUUUAUUGAGUAGAAUUUACCGUCGACAAAUUUAAGUUCCAUUUGCGAUUGCUUUUAAAAUUGUCAGUACAUGCUUGGGAAUCAUUUGUAUCUGAUUAUCUGACCGAUUGGGGAUUCUCUUACUAGAGUAGCCCCCAAAAUUGGUGGAAAUUGAUAAUGGGUUAUUUGGUUU